AUGAAGGCCGGUCCAGUUAUAGGGCCCUUCGUUUUUUCCUUUUAUAUGUUACAAAGCGUUUUUCAGUAUUUUAAAGGAAAAUGUAGUGGAAAAGGUAAGAAAGUAUCUUCUCGCUUUUCUUUUGACGACAAAGAAUCCUGUUUUCGCGGUUAGAGUUAAAAGCAGUUUCAAGGCCAACUGAAAUGAGGCGCCUUUUGAUUAGUUUCAAUAAAAGGAUAAUGCAAGGAGGACAAGCUACUAAAACGUUUAAACACAAGAAGGAGAACUUUUCCUGAAGCAGUAUUUUGAAACUUGUUUUUUAUGUCAAAAGGUUGUGUAACUUUCGUAAUUUUUUACUUUUUGAUAUUUACUGUAAGUUGUCUGUUUUCGAAAACAAAACAAAUCGUCCAUGGCAACCGUUUGUAAUAAUCUUACUGCUGACCUAAAGGAACGCAGUGGUUCUAAGAGCCUGCCUUCAUGUUGGUCAGCAGCUAAGACGCAGACUCGUUCCCAGUCGUCAGAAGAUCGCGCUCUGUUCCAAGCCUCCUCGUUUUAUUUGGAUAGCGCGAACUGACUUAGGGACGAGGCUAGCUCUGGCGUGAAAAAGGAGUGCGCGCGCGUGCUGCCUCGCGCAAGCAAGUAACUGAUAACCGAAUUAAAUUUCCAGGGUUUUUACUUUGUCAGUGAGAUUACAAGACAUUUCUAGUGCAUCAAAUUUUGUAUUUGAAACUUAAAGCUAUUUUAAAUGAAAUAUGAUCUGUAGCUAAUUGUGUUGUGUCUGUUUUUAUUAUCAGAGAAGUUGCAACAGGUGAAAUUAAAAUUCAAGAAUUAACGGAAAAAGCGCCAGUGAAAAUAGAACAGGAAAGUCAAAAAGUAAGCUUAUGUUUACUGCAUGUUAUGAACAACCCACUUUAAGUUAUUCUUGAAAACAAGUUUUUGUCCCAUUCAUUAACUCCCUUAUUGGAUUAUUGACUGUGUGUGGGCCUGUCUUGAAUGAGGCUUAGAAAUAUUGAUUUUUUUCUUUAAUAUUUAUGAGGUUUCUGGAACUUGACGGUCCAUGUAAACAAAUAAAAUGCAAGAAAGUAAAUAAAAUAAUUAUGAAAGCAGUCGAUAUCAGUUAUAAAUCUAUUCUCUCCCAUUUUGAAGUUUCACUUUAUAAAACUACACACUUUCAAGUUAUAUAUAGUGAAAUGCCAAGUCGUGUUCAAUACUCAUUUCAUAGUCUGAUUAUAACUUAUUUUAUUCCUCUUGAUUGACUAGUGCCCCGUUAAACGUAGAAGAUCAGAAGAGCAGUUAGAGGACAUUAAGACAAAGAAACAAAGAAAGUCGAUCUCACUGUAUAAUCUUCAAGCCAUCAAGAUGAUUGGUGAGGGAGCGUUUGGAAAGGUGAGAGACUGUUAUAAGGAUCAAACAAUAAUCACAAAUAUUUCGUAAUAUUAAUUUUCACAAAAUUUAGAGUAACUUUCGGCGGAUCACCGCCCUACAGUGGCGAGUAUCUCGUGGUCAAAAAACGAGCGAUUUAUCAAUUAGUUGAUCAAUUAAUUAAAUAAGUAAUUAUCUAUUUAUUAAUUUCAAAACUCCGUUAAAGAAGUUGAAAUGCUUUGUUUUUUUUUCGAUUUUGCUAAGUGUACGCCCAUUUAAUUAACAAAUAAGCGAUCAAAGGUGAAUAUGAUAUACACACUGUGUAAUUCCUUCUUUCUCCAACAAGUGGAUGAUAUCUGGGGCUAUUUUUCGAGUAAGGAAGUAACUUGAAGUUCUUUGAAACGCACUGCGUUUGAACUAAAAAGGCCGGUUUUAAUACCCCGCCUAUCAACCGCUCCAUCUGAAAGCGUGUCCUAUUCCAAAAUAUCUGUCAACGUUUUUAUAGGUUCGUCUUUGUGAGAACCGUCGCACCAAGAGGCAAUACGCGGUUAAGCAGAUAAUUGAACCUGACCCAAGCAGUGUGGAAGAGAAAGUAUUGAGCUUAGCCUCGUCCAGUCCUUUUCUUAACAAGGCUUUGUGAAGAGGUUAAGAAUCCGGUAUGAUACUUUUAAAAAUUGUACAAAACAUUUUUACUUCUUGUACCUCCGCGUUAAACUCCCACUCCCGCCCGUCCGCCCAUGUGGAAAAAAUGGCCGGCCAAUUACAUUUAAAGCAUACCGACAUCUUGACAAACUUGCAGGAAAACAGGGGACUACAAACCUUCGAAAGAUUGUGAAUUAUACCUGUGGUGUAAGACUUGAGUGGGGCGUUUGUGGCCGAGCGUUUAAUUCCUCAAACUCUUUUUCUGAAGGUCCGGGGUUCAAGCCUCGCCAGUCGCGUAAUUUCCCAAGACAACUGAGGAACUUUAGUUUACUUUGUCUCUCUUCACCCAGGUGUAUGAAUGGGUACCGGCAACAUACCGCUGGGGGGGAACCCUGCCAUGGACUAGCAUCCCGUCCAGGGGGGAGUAGCAAUACUCCUAGGCUUGCUUCAUGCUACGGAAACCGGUAUAAGCUCCGACCGUGUGGGUCUUUGGGUCGUGUGCGCCUUUACCUUUUACCUUUAUAUGCUCCACUGGACGUUUCUCUCUGUGCCUUAUUAUCUUUCUCAAUUUUGUUCACUAUAACCCAAAAAGAAAAUAGUAUGUUAUGGGUCAACUAACAGCUUCUUUGCAUUUUCAUAUUAUAGUACCCUGGUCAUUUCAUUAUACUAGAGUUCGUUGAAGGAGGAGACCUUUUCACUGAAUUGGAUGAGAAUGGAUGGCUCAGCGAAAAUCGAACUAGGUAAUCAUACCGAGCAACUGUUAAUAAAACAGUCUAUAACGUGACAAUGAAAGACAAUAGGACAGAAUUUAACACAUUUGGUCAGGUUUUGCUUUUAAACCGAAUACUUAAUAACACUUCAGUAAGACACGUUCCAUUAGUACUGGCUCGAAAUCAUCGUAAAUUAUUCUUGACCUACUCAUCUUUUAAUAACGACUGGUUCUAUCAAUUGCGUUCUACUCAAUACAUGUAACCUUAAAAUUGAACUGAGGAUGCAAAAACCAGUAAACAAAAUAAUUCUGUCAAAGUAAGUGAUGGAAACUUCAGGCCUUCACCUCACAUACGCGGACGUACACAAAUGUACCACCUAUGGACCAAGUCGAUGGACCGCUUCGUGGACCCGGUCCAUGGACUACCCCUGUGGACCACGCCUAACUUCCAUAGAUGAAUUUGACCAGAGGUCUAAACACAUUUUUGGAACCUUAAAUGGACGAAAAUGUGGUCAGUUUUUAUUGUCAGUGGUAUGGGCUCCUUAUAUUUUACACUUGUUUAUUAUUUUUUCAAUUCCAUACCAAUCAAUUGAAUGGGUUCGUUUUAGUCUGGUGAAGGAGUCAACAUAUUUUAGAGGAACAGAAGUAUGGAGGAAGUAGUAUGCUGCGCAGUUUGUUUCGUGUUCCUGUUGUGUGAACAUCGAAACAAAAACGGCUGUGUAUGAGACUAAGGACAAAAUAUUGUUUCUCCUCCCAGGCUUAACCAAACCCAUGAUUGGAAUUCAGCAAAAAUUUGAGCAAGUGUAUAAUAUGAGGAACCUUUAAUCCUUAUAAUACAGUUAAAGUUGAUACAGUUCCAUCCAUUUAAGAUUCCUAAAUUUCGUUUAGACCUUUGGAUAUUAAAGAUUCAUCUUCAAAAAUUAAGUGUGACCUACCUAGAUGGUGCAUGGAGGUCAUUUAAUCUUGCUCAGUAGUGAAACGUAGUAUACAAACAUGUUUUACCUAAAACAUCUUAUUACUCGUCGUUUGUUUUAGGUUUUACACAACUGAAAUCAUCACCGGCUUGCAAUAUUUGCACCAAAAAGGUGUCAUUCACAGGUGCGUACAAAUAUGAAAAGUAGCUGAAAUCCACACUUGGUGGGUGAUUUCAAUCCCUUGCGUAUUUAUAUGGCAAAGAUAAAAAAACAAACAAACAAACAAUGAAUUUAUACCGUCGGACCUUCUCAGCCGUAAAUCACAUGACUGUAAAAAGUAGGUAAUCGUUUGCUAGAUCAUUGUCUAUCAUGACAGGGCCUCUCUCCUCCGCAGAGGCCUCUUGGUAUUGUAGGGAGGACUGGAGAGAGAGAAACAGAAAGCGAGCGGGGGACGAUGGGAAGGGGAAAGAGAGAAGAAAGGCCUCACUUCCGCUUUUCCCUCUUCCCAUCGUUCCCUGCGGGCUUUCUAUUUUUCGAUUAUUGCUAUUUUUAUCAGGAUACCCGGCGGGAUCCUUUGCAGAGGAGAGUGUGACCGGGCUCAGCGUUCUGUAUAGUCCUUGCAUGGGUGAAGAAAGUUAACUUUAUACGAAUGAUGCUGCUAUUUGCCCCUUUUCCUCGAAGAUUAUGUCUUACCACUUUUGGCUCAGUUUACUUAUAAAUCAGUGUCUUGAAUAUUUGUGUAAUUUGUUUUCAUCGUAUGACAGUGACUUGAAACCUGAAAACAUUUUGCUGACCAAAAAAGGGGACAUCAAAAUUAGCGAUUUCGGACUGUCCGCUAUCAUCGACCCAGUUAAACAGGAAAAGAUUAACAACGCAGAAAUUAUCGGGACACCUCGUUACAUGGCUCCUGAGGUAAACCAUGGAACUGUAGCGUUAGUUAAGGGAGACGAGUAUGGUUAAAAGCAUUAUUUAGGGGGGAAGAUGUUUAAAAUUUUGGGGAGAUGGGAAAAUAUUGGAUUUGGGGGUUGUUAAAAACUAAAAUAUAAAGUGAACAAUUAGUAGACAAUUACCAGAGUCCACCGCCAUAACAAGGUGCCUCUGAUCCCAUUAGCAGACUAACCCAUUCUACCCUAUAUCAACAUCAUUUUUCCAAAAACACAACCAUAAUGCCCCCUUAAGCCCUGUGAACCAAGUGUCUAAAUCAGUAUCUCGUGUAGCUGCUUGGUCAAUAUCUAUUUUAUCCCAGAUCUAGGACACAUUUCAGAACCAUCAUCCAAAAUAUACGUUGAAAAAUUUGAUAGGGCUGUAACAAGGACAGCUGAAUUAUAUCCUGUUAGGGUAGUUUCUGCUUUUUACUUACUGAAUCAGCGCUGAUAAUUAACGCUAAAACAAAUCUUUCUACGGGCUUUUAAAUAUGGUGUUUUCUUGUACGAGAUAUAUAUGUUACAGGUCAAAUUUGGUUUCGGGUUAAUUUUGAUCCCGGGGGAGGGGGGCGGGGAUACUCCUGGAAAUUCUUGGUGGGGGUGUGCAGCCCUGUUCUCCAAAUCCUGACCCGAUUUCAGAGUAAAAAGUGUUAUUUUCCGCUCCUGUUUUCAGACCAGACCUCCAAAAUCCCUACUCGUUUUCAGACCUGGUCUUUAGGCGGAAAUUAUGUUAUAAUAACUUAGAUGUGAGCGCAAACAAACAAAUUCUUCAUUCAUUUCGAAUUCGCAUAUUCUCUUUCUUUCUUACUCAUUGCAUUUGGAAUUGAAACGAUAAAUACGUUCUUACGCUGCUGCAGUUCCUUCGAAAACCACACUCGAUUCCAGACCAGACCGGGAUUUUGCUUUGACCUAGCUUGGUUAAAUCUCAAUUUUCUUUGUAUCUCGCCCUAAUUCAAUGAAUAAUUAGGGCUAGGAAACAAAGGAAAUAGGGAUCCAACCUACGUUGAAUAAAUUUAACGUGAAUAUAAUUUUGACCUGUAACAUAUAUACUAAUGUUACCUACACUGGAAGAAGGAAGAGCUGCAUGUUCAGUUUCCACAAAGCUAACAAUACGUGACAUGAUCCACUCGUUGAAAAAUUACAAACCUUGUAGUAAGAUCUUUCGCUUAGGAGAAUUUCGGCUUGUUUUCAGGAAAUAACAUCUUCUCGUGCUGAUGUUAGCUUAUUGCAAGGUGUUAUUUGUUGCAGAUUAUUUUACAGGACCCAUACGACGCAUGCGUGGAUUGGUGGGCUCUUGGAGUCAUGGUGUUUACAAUGCUCACUGGAAUGGUUUGUAUUUCAAAUGUUAUUUCAGUUAUUUUGUUCUUAACACGAAAAAGGUGAAACUGAACUUAGACUAUGAUGAUGGUAACCUACUUAGUUGACAAUGUUAUCCUUUGUGUUUACAUUUUAGAUGCCGUUUGAUGCUGAAUCGGAGGAUGAGUUAUUUGAUUUGAUCGUAUAUGACUACCCACAGAAACCGGACAAAAAAACAAUGUCUGAGCUGUCCAUUGACGCCACUGAAUUAUUCUUACACGUAAGUGUCAAAUACAUAAAUCAUACAUGAAAGGUUAUAUUCCCUUCAUUUUUUACAUGUACCCAAAUUAUUGAUUGCCAGUCGAUAACAAUAGAGGCAAGACUUAGCGAAAAAAUCCAAAGAUUGACUCCCUACUCCCGGGGUAACUGCUCCCCAUAACGGAUUAUACGGAAAGGCUUCGCCAGAAAGGGUUUCCUUUUUUAGGAUUCAGGUAUAUUGAAGGGUAGAGAAAUCUUUUUUAUGUUCGAAUGAGUGAAGAACAAAUAUGACUAGACUAAAACUAGGUCAACGUUAACUUCUGUUACGAAGUAGCAUAAAGACGUAGCAUUUCAUGAUCAAUAAACAAAGAUCUCUGAGUUGAGAAUAAAUACCGAUAUUACAAGACAUAUCCAUUUUUUGGAUGUUUUCAGUUACUAGAGAAAUAUCCGCAAGACCGUCUCGGGUAUAAAGGAGGCGAUUACCCCUGGAUCAGAGGUCAUGCUUUCUUUCACGGCUUUGACUGGAACAGACUGGAGGCAUUGGAACUCGACCGCCCACCUUAA